CCCCAAAAAGCCAGCGAAGUUCUUGGAGUCAGAGACUGUAGUCCAGUCUGUCCAGACAGCUCGGGAUUGAAGUCAAACAAACUCCAACUUCAUUUCCACUAACUCCAAAUCUUCACCAAGCUUCAUUUCUCUUGGUCUUCUUGUUUAUAUUACUAACUAAACUACAAUUCAGAAUCUGAACACAGCUUGCUUAUCCAUUUCCUUUUACAAUAAGCUAUCCCAUUGGCCAUUAUUCUUUGAUCAAAAUCUUCAGCGAGAGCACAGAGUCCUGACAUUUCUCAGCUUCUGAACUGUCCUACUGCACCAUAAUCACAAACCCAUUUUUUGAAUUUCAUGGGUAAAGGAGGUGGUUGUGUGCCAAGUAAGAACAGGCCACCCAAAGGCGUUUCUGAUAAAGAUCUUCAAAACCCAGAAAGCGAUGGUCCUGUUUCAGACCAAAACCAAACCCAAACCACACAAACAAACCCAAUUGACCAUGCGAUUGCACAAAGACAGCUGAGGGUUUUCAUAGUGUUUUACUCAAUGUAUGGGCAUGUGGAGGUCUUGGCCAGGAGGAUGAAAAAAGGGGUUGAUUCCAUUGAUGGGGUUGAAGGGUUUCUGUACCGGGUUCCGGAGACGCUGUCCUCUGAAGUAUUGGAGCAGAUGAAGGUGCCCAAGAAAGAUGGUAAUGCAGAUGAAGUGCCUGUGAUAUUGGCUGAGAGGUUGGUGGAGGCUGACGGGCUCUUAUUCGGGUUUCCGACCCGGUAUGGAUCCAUGGCUGCUCAGAUGAAAGCCUUUUUUGACUCCACAGGGCACUUGUGGAGGGAGCAGAGGCUUGCAGGUGUGCCUGCUGGGUUCUUUGUGAGUACUGGCACACAGGGUGGGGGGCAAGAGACCACUGCGUAAGUAAGACACCCUUGGUUUUUGUUUUUUAGUACAUUGUUUCAAGAGUUGUGCUUUAUUUUCUUCAUGUUGGUUUUGGUGAAUUUUGAUUUGUUGGUAUGCUGAUAUGAGUAUUGUGCACUUUUUGAUUUGUCAGUAGCA